CUUGACCAUUGCAAAAAGGAACAUUCCUGCAUCAUACCAUCCAUCUCCAACAUAUAUUUAACUAUGUGUUUCACUUUACCAUCAUCUGAGCAGCUUUAAAACUUUAGAAAAUGAAAGGAAACCACCCAUCACCCCUGCAUUAAACCACACACUAAAACCUCCAACCAACAAAGAGAAGAAGAAAGAAGAAAAAUAAGAAGGAGAAGAUGUUUAUCUCCUUCAUUGUCCUUCUACUAGUGAGUACUGCCCCACUGCAAUGCAAUUCAAGCAGUUUCAUGUAUGCAAGCUGCGCCCCAGCCAAGUAUGAUCCUAACACUCCUUACCAAACUAACCUCAGAGCUCUCCUCUCAUCCAUCAUAUCCUCUUCUUCUCAAGUCUCUUACAACAGCUUCUCCACUGGCACUGAUGCUUCCGGUCCACCUGGCGCUGCUGCAUACGGUCUCUACCAGUGCCGCAACGAUCUCAGCCCCGCCGACUGCGCCACAUGCAUUCAGAGUGCAGUAACCCAGAUCAGCCUAAUCUGUAUACAAACCUUUGCUGCUACUUUACAACUCGAAGGUUGCUUCCUGAGAUACAGCCAUGAAGAUUUCAGGGGUCAGCUUGAUACCAGCUUCACUUACAAGAAGUGCAGUCCUAGCAAGAGUUAUGAAGCUGACUUCUUACAACGUAGGGAUGAUGUGAUUGCAGACUUGCAUGAAGCGACAGGGUUUAGAGUCAGCCAUGCAGGGACUGUGCAGGGUUAUGCACAGUGUUUGGGGGAUCUUAGUCCUGGUGACUGCCGGCAGUGUGUUGAACAGGCAGUCGGACAGCUUAAGGAUGCGUGUGGGUCGUCAGUGGCCACCGAUGUGUUUUUGGCUAAGUGCUAUGCUAGGUACUGGGCUUCCGAUUUUUACCUACGUUCCCUCACAGAUGAUUCUAGUGAUGAAGCUGGAAGAACUGUAGCAAUAAUAGUUGGCGUCUUGGCAGGUGUGGCAGUAAUUGUUGUGUUCAUCUCAUUCCUCAAAAAAGCAUGCUAGACACGGUAUGAUGAUGAUUGUUGUCUACAUUUCUACAACAGCAGGCCACUUCAGUCAGUUCUGUCUGAGAACGAAGCAAUUCAAGUAAAAUUAAUAUUGUUGUUCUAUUGCCAUGCAUUGCGACUCAUAUCUUGGUUAUUUGUUUGUUUGUUUUUCUUUUUUUUCAUCAGUUUCAGUGAUAAUAUUGCCAAA